AUGUAUUCAUAUGGAUCUCAUAAUAUUCGAACACCUUCAACAGAAUCAAUUAAUCUAUUUUGGGAUGAUCAACUUAAUCAACGAUUAUAUAUGAUAUUUUUAUAUUUUUCUAAUUCAUUAUCACCUCAAGAAUUUGACCUGGUUGCUAUUGAAGAUGAAAAAAAUGAUAAAAAAUAUGUUAAUAUAAAAGAGCCAUUUUAUGAAAAACAUUAUCAUCAAAUUUUUCAAUAUACUAAUGUAUCAUUGCCACCUAAUGUUGCUUAUUUUCUUAUUAAUAGAAUAUUUCGUCUUAUUAAUCCAACAAAAGCUGAAAAUAUAGAAUUUCCGGAAGAAAUAUUUUUUCAUGAUAGAAUAAGUCUUGAACCAGCAGUAGAUAAAGUUUAUGAACGUUUUGUUAUUCAAAUAAUUUUUAAAGGAUUUGUUUUAUGUGAAAAAAUUAAAGAAAGAUAUUCAUGUAUACCAAUAAAUUUAUUUACAUCUAAUUCAAAAGUUUAUUGGUGUACUAUAUUACCAGGUUCAAUAUUUUUAUGGGAAUUAACUAAAACACCAUCUCCUUCAAAAAGACAUUUUAUUAAUUUAACUAAAAAUACAGAUGUUCCGGAGACGUCUUUUUUUAAAAAAGAUAGAUUUGAAUUUACCAUAAAAAUUCACAUUCAUUCAUCAUGUACCACCUAUCAUUUUGCCCAUUUUGAUGAGUUAUGUUCAAAAAAAAUAGUAGAAUCUAUUCGCCUUGCAGUACAAUGUAACAAUAGAGAUGAAUUGACAAAAUUUGACAUGAAUCAUGCUUCAUUGACGGAAUGUAAAAAACAAAAAAAUAAAUUAAUGACAUGGAAAACUGCUUUGGAAUUGGAAAAUGAAAGAUUGACAAAAGUAUUGUUAGAAGAAAAAGAAAAAUUAAGAGAUGAAGAGAUUGUAAGGACUAUGACAACGAGAAUGUUAUUUGAUGAACAAGAUAAAGUUAAACUUCUUAAGAAGGAAGUAUUAGAGUUAAGAAAAAUUAUAGAUAGUCAAAAUUUAGAUGAUGAAUAUUUAAAUAAUAAACAUUUUUCAUUAAACAAAAAAAAGAAACGUUUUUUUAAAAGAAGAUAUAAAAAAAAAAAUUGUAAUAAUGCUAAUAAUAAUCUUUCUUCAUCACUUAAUACAUCUGACCUGGAGGAUGAAUUGGAUGAUAUGAUACUGGAAGUUCCCUGUAAAGAAUUUUCAGGUGAUUUUUUAAUUGAUGAUAGUUUUCCAAAUAUUAACAUUGGUUCACGUGUCAAAGAAAGUAUGGCUUCAAGUUUAACUUCAUCCUAUAUAUCAAAUUAUUCAUAUUGA